CGAAGCAGGAGCUAAAUUUGCGGAUAAUCUAAAGGGAAAUCUGUUGUCUGCUGAACAUCGCCUGUUCCCUGCCGGUUCGAAAUCAGCUCGGCACACUCGCCUGAGUCAUUAGUGGAAUCGUUUGUGUCACGUGAAUGUCAGUCAACGAUGGGGAACCUCAGCUAAAUAUUACCCGAUUCUUCCGGAGCGCGUAACUUGAUUCCGGUCAUGCCGUCUUGGGGGCUCGUUAAUCACUUUGUUCUCUGUCAAAGCACGCUUGCUGAAGCGGUGCACCUCCAUUUAUGAACUUCUACGAGUUUCAGUACCCUAACUAUAUAGAGAUGAUCUGGCUGUGAAGUUACUGGAAACGCAAUCAUUCUGACCAUGAAAACUGUUUGGAGGUUGAAUUGAGAUGGGUGAAAAAAGCUAUGCUCUCAGCCGUUAGAGGUCUGUGUUUGAGCUAACAUAUUCGAACAAAUGAACACCGGGUGUCUUCGAGACCAGGUGAUUUUGCUGCAGGAUGGCUCAGUGAUUACAACACGAAUUUACUGACCUAGAGGUCCAUGGUCCGAACCCGAUCUCUGCAUCUCGACUUCUGUCUACGCUUAAGCAACCUGGCUGUAUCCCAGCCCUCGGGCUUCCUUCCGGUGGCAUGGCAGCUGUGCACGGAAAGGCUGUUACAGCUGAACAAUUAUUCGUUGUUGAGAAAUGUGCCGUUUAAAUCUUCGGACUUAUUGAGCAUUCGACCGGUUCGGUUAUCUUGGAUGUACUCUGCUCCGAAUGAUUGUUCAUGAAAUCGUCUGUCUGCAGAAAGAUCAAUGUUAUCCGUGCAUUUCGGCUGAACCAUCAAACUAGAACCAAAAUGUUUAUCAUUUUAACGUUCCUGUUAUAUGGGAUCAUGAGCAGCCUAGGAUCAGAGUUCACAGUUAACUUCGUGCCUUCGUCUUUAUCUAUUCAACUGGGUGACCAAAAAGUGACAAACGUGAGCUUCAAUGCUCCGUCUCCAGAACAGCUCACUUUUGAAUUCACUUAUCGCGAUUCCAAUGGUGAUUAUAUGACUGACGCGAAUGCCACAGCUGUGAAACCUCUCGACCCGCUUGUUGUCCCUCCUGGAUACCAAGGUCCAAUCAGUAUCCAGAUUGUUGCCGCCCAUCCUGGCCGUGUUUAUUUGGGAUUGAAUAAAACUCAGGGUUCCACAAAAAUUCCCAACGUCGUUGGCCUGAAUCUGGAUUUUUUGUGUCUCAACAUUGUUGGAUUCUUCGUCUACAGUAUUUUCAACCUGGCUGUUUACUUAAGUCCAGUGAUUCGAGCUCAGUAUGCGGCCAUUUAUCCCAUCGGCGUUAUUCCCGUCAUGGAGAACGAUAUAUUCUUUUCCGUGCAUGCUUUUUGUAUCUCCGUAUUCACUGGAUUUCAGGUGUUCAUGUACGAGGUAGGUGGUGGUGUUUACAAUACGAGCUUGUUUUCCUUGGUCGCCUGUCUGUG